GUGUCCAUAGUUUGUUUUUUGUGUAAAUAAACAACAAAAAUUUUUUUUUUCGCAAACAUCAACAAAAAUGGCCGACCUUGAAGCAGUAUUAGCCGAUGUUAGCUAUCUAAUGGCUAUGGAAAAAUCUAAAUCAACACCUGCAGCACGAGCUUCAAAGAAAAUCAUCCUGCCCGAUCCAAGUGUACGAAGUGUAAUGCAUAAAUAUCUAGAAAAGAUUGGUGAAGUUACAUUUGACAAAAUAUUUACACAAAGACUCGGCUUCUUGACAUUUCGAGAUUUUUGUGAAAACAUUUGUGAUGAAUCGGUGCCACAAUUGAAAUUUUAUGAAGAGAUAAAACGUUAUGAAAAAUUGGAAACAGUUGAAGAAAGACGACAAGCAGCAAGAGAAAUAUAUGAUAAUUUUAUUAUGAAAGAAUUGUUGUCCCAUACACAUAAUUAUUCAAAAGAAUCCGUAAAUCAUGUACAAAAAUAUUUAAUGCGUAAUGAAGUACCUGUUACAUUGUUUCAACCAUAUAUUGAUGAAAUUUAUAAUCAUUUACGUGGUGAUAUAUUUCGAAAAUAUAUUGAAAGUGAAAAAUAUACAAGAUUUUGUCAAUGGAAAAAUUUAGAACUCAAUAUACAAUUAACAAUGAAUGAUUUCAGUGUACAUCGUAUUAUUGGCCGUGGUGGUUUUGGUGAAGUAUAUGGUUGCCGUAAAGCCGAUACUGGUAAAAUGUAUGCAAUGAAAUGUUUGGAUAAAAAACGUAUAAAAAUGAAACAAGGUGAAACAUUAGCAUUAAAUGAAAGAGUUAUGUUAUCAUUAGUCAGUACUGGGGAAGAUUGUCCAUUCAUUGUAUGUAUGACAUAUGCAUUUCAAACACCGGAUAAAUUAUGUUUCAUAUUGGAUCUAAUGAAUGGUGGUGAUCUACAUUAUCAUCUAUCACAACAUGGUGUAUUCACUGAACAAGAGAUGCGUUUCUAUGCAUCCGAAGUGAUAUUAGGACUUGAACAUAUGCAUCGUCGUUUUGUUGUUUAUCGUGAUCUAAAGCCGGCUAAUAUAUUGUUGGAUGAACAUGGCCAUGUUCGUAUAUCUGAUCUCGGUUUAGCUUGUGAUUUUUCCAAAAAAAAGCCCCAUGCAUCUGUUGGUACACAUGGUUACAUGGCACCAGAAGUAUUAUCCAAAGGAACUGCCUAUGAUUCAAGUGCUGAUUGGUUUUCACUUGGCUGUAUGCUUUAUAAACUUUUAAAAGGCCAUAGUCCAUUUAGACAACAUAAAACCAAAGAUAAACAUGAAAUUGAUCGUAUGACACUUACAAUGAAUGUCGAAUUACCGGAUUCAUUUUCAAAUGAAUUACGUAACCUAUUAGAAGGUCUAUUACAUCGUGAUGUAGAUAAACGUCUUGGUUGUCGUGGAAAUGGAGCUGAUGAAGUAAAAGAGCAUCCAUUUUUCAAAGGAAUUGAUUGGCAAUUAGUUUAUCUACAAAAAUAUCCACCAACAUUGAUACCACCACGUGGUGAAGUGAAUGCAGCCGAUGCAUUCGAUAUUGGUUCAUUCGAUGAAGAGGAUACAAAAGGAAUUAAAUUAACGGAUUCCGAUCAAGAGCUAUAUAAACAUUUUCCCGUUGUUAUUAGUGAUCGUUGGCAACAGGAAAUUUCUGAAACAGUAUUCGAUGCAAUCAAUGCAGAAACGGAUAAAAUUGAGAUGAAAAAACGUGCAAAAUUGAAGAAUAAAUUUGAAGAUAAUGAAAAAGAAUCUGAUUGCAUUCUACAUGGUUAUAUUAAAAAAUUGGGUGGACCAUUUUCAACCGCUUGGCAAACACGAUAUGCAAAAUUGUAUCCAAAUCGUUUGGAAUUACAUUCAGAUAAUAAUAGUAGUCGUCCGGAGCUAAUAUUCAUGGAUCAAAUUGAAGCCAUUUGUUCAGAUUAUGUUCAAGUGAAAGGCGAACAAUCGAUAGUAUUGAAAAUGAAACCAACGGAAUCACGUAUUGUUCUCACUAAUCCAGAUGAUAUUGGCCUAAGAGAAUGGUUACAAUCAUUAAAAUCAACAUAUAAAGAUUCAUUAGAAAUGUUAAGUAAUAUAGCGAAAAAAGCAACAAAAAUCUAUGGUACAACCGAGAAUAGUAGCCGCUUACAGCAACAACAACAACAACCACAUAGUGGAUCAAUGAUUACAUUGUUAACACAAUCAACAACAUCAACAACAACAACAACAACUACAAUGACGAAUAAUCAUAGUCAACAACAUCAUAUAAAUAGUACUGUAUCGGAUCAUUCAAUAAUGAAUAAUGAAUCGAUUUCCGGUUCAAAUAAUGUCCAUCAUUCACAAAAUUUACAACAAAAUCAACAUUGUCAUCAGCAACAGCAGCCACAUCAUCAUCAUCAUCAUUAUCAUGGAAGUAUUGGUUCAUCAGCAGUAAUCACUAAUAUUACAUCGAAUAAUCAUCAAAAUCAACAUACCAAUAGUUUGGCAACAAGUAGCCAGAGUGAUCAUUCGACAACUACAACUACCGCAGCUUCGUUUUCCAUUUUCGAUUCGAAUAAUACUCAAACAACAACAACAACAACAGCAAGUUCGACAGCAACAACAUUAUCAAUCGGUUUAAAUAAUCAGAAUGUUUACAAUCAACAGCAACAAGAACUGAAUCAGAAAUCACCAUCAUCAUCAAAUAUUGAACAAACAUCAUCAAUAACGGCAACGACAAUAUCACAACAGCAAAAUUCUCCUCAUUCGAAUCCUCCACCUCCACAACUACCACCUUCUUCAUCUACACAAAUCGAUUAAUCUUUUUGGUUUUCAAAGAAUCUUAAUUUAUAUUAAUAUUAAUCUAUAUUAAUUUGUCUAUCUAAUCUAAAUCCAAAUCCAAAAAAAAAAAAAUCAAACUCAGAGACACACCAGCCCAGUUAUAUUAUACAUAUCGUGGUGAAGGAUCGAUGAUGAUCUGUGUGGUUAAAAUAAUUUCGCCAUUAUUAGAUAGAUCCCCCCAUACACAGCUAUAUUAACAUUUAAAUUAUCAUCAUCAUCUGAAAUGACCAUCACCAGUAAAUUUGUAUCGAUCUAUGAUCAGAAGAAUGUUUUCUUUUUCCUUGUUGUUAUUAUCAUAAUACCAAAAUGAAACAAACACUGCAGACAAACAGACAGA